UACCAAGAACUGCUCCUCUGUGUGUACCUAAACUAAGGAGACACACCGAGAAAGAGUGCUUUCUUUUGUCUCACCGAUGUCAAGGGGUUUCACUGUAUUGUGUGUGUGUCUGAGUGUGUGUGUGACUGGUGGCUGUUGCUAUCUCCCUGUUCCCCAGCAAUCACAUCCUGAGGCAAUCACAUUUCUCGGUGAAGGAAAUGACGUUUCGCUCUACUCCAUUCCUGGUCUGGACUAUGUGUCACACGAUGAUGUACUGCCAUAUAUGGUAACCGGACAGGAGCCUUUCAAACAUGAGCUCUUCAGUCAGUUUCUUCUCAAAUCUGACUCCACCAACGAAGGGAACUAUGCUCCGAGUGGGGAGUUGCUGGCCUGGAGGGACAAGAACCACAAGUGGCUGGAGCUGAUGGAGGUACACACACAGGAGACCAGCGGAGUCCGCGUCACUGUCAUGCCUUUCUACAUGGGCAGGAAAGAGCUCCACAGUGGAUCCAUGGUCUACUGGUGGCGGUAUAACAUUAGACUGGAGAACGUGGGGAAGGAGCAGGUCCAGUUGAGAGAGAGACACUGGAAGAUCUACAGCCUCACCGGGAGACUGGAGACGGUGAAGGGGAAGGGAGUCAUCGGCCAGGAGCCGGUUCUCUCUCUCUCCCAGCCGGCCUUCCAGUACAGCAGUCACGUGUCCCUCCGGUGCCCCAGCGGCCACAUGUGGGGCACCUUUCGUAUGGAGCGUCAAUAUCGUAAGAUGUUUGAGGUUCACAUCCCGGCCUUCUCACUGGAGAGCCACCUGCAGGGCUCCCCCUCCUCCCCCACUACCAGCAACCAGCCACCUCCACCAACUGACAUUACUGUCUAGUCUCUCACUCUAUCAUACACCUCAAUCCUCCUUCCAACAAGAUGUCCCUACCAUUGUAUAUGUGCCCUCUUGUAUAAUAUACAGCAAUUUUGUACAAUCACAGUUCCUUUACUCAUCCAAAGAGUCAAAACUGUGAACAAGCACAGCCACCUUUUGUCUGCGGAGUUGUUGUGACUAACAGAUGAAUAUACAAUGUACCACAACUAUUAUGCUCAAGGAUAAACGUGCGAUUUGAACCUUCAUGCGUACUAAAUGUUGUGUCACAUGUAGUGUACCAAAUCUAGUUCUUUCUCGGUGCAAAGAGUACAGUGAUAAUUAUUAUGCAGUGUGUGGUCAUGACUGAGAGCCAGUGUGGGACUGCCGGGAGUGCAUCUGUUCCAGUAGAUCCUUGAGGCCCCUGAGAGUCGAUGGAGCACCGGUUUUACCGUCCUCACCGGACACGCCUUCUGCAACCUGCUUGACUCGAAUGUCGAUUCCCUCACUUCUCAGCAUCCACAUGGCCCUCCUGCCAGCCUCCACCUCAUCGUCACCCAGCGACAGGCUCUUUGACUGCUCCGACACAAACCUGUUCCACACAAACCACAACAGAGUAAACCAAGGAACACAUCAUCAGUUUUUGAACCAAGGGACAUAAUUGAGAACAACAG